UUUAAGAAAAAAAGUUUAUUUUGUGUUGUUUUAGCAGGAAGUACUGUGCACUUCAGUUCUGUUUUCCAGGAUAUGAAAGUGAAAACAAAAAAAAAAGAGCAAAGUGCACUGCUGAAAGAAUGGCGACUAGUAAAUUAGUUGAUGACAAAGAUGGGGACUUAUGCUGCUCUAUUUGUCUGGAUUUGUUUAAAGAACCUGUGAUGCUAGAAUGUGGGCAUCAUUUCUGCAAAUCCUGCAUAGAUGAAGUCUGGAACAGUGCAAAAACUCCCGCCUGUCCAGAAUGCAGAGAGGAAUGUCCUGCCAAGAAGUACACUGUCAACAGGCUGUUGAGUAAGCUGGUAGAGAAAGCUCGACGGGUGCAGCAGAGUGAGAAAGCAGAAACACGACACCAGGAGCAGAAAGAUCACAGCAUACAUGAAACACAACAAUGCCUGGAGCACAAUGAAGUAUUGAAAUUGUUCUGCCAGGAGGAUAAAAGUCCUAUGUGUGUUGUCUGCAUGGUGUCCACAAAACACACAGGCCACUCUUUUCUACCUCUGCAGGAAGCAGUUAGCUUGUUUCAGGGCAAGCUGAAAGAAGCCUCAUCCCUUCUGGAAUUAAAAGUAAAAUACACCAUAAAAGUGCACAAUCAGCAAGAACAAUAUAUAUCAGAUCUCCAGAAUGAAACUUUGCAUAUGGAUCAGCACAUCACAUCACAAUUUGCCAAGCUGCACCAGUUUCUCCAGGAUAGGGAAAAGAAUCUGAUCCAACAGCUCAAAGAAGAAACAGCAGGAAUUAUUAAAAAGAUGAAGGAAAACCUGAGAGAUAUAAAAAAUAGAUCUAAUGCCAUUCAAAAGGGAAUAUCAAAUAUGCAGUCUGCCAUACAGCAGGAAGACCCUGUGAAUUUUCUAAGGGGACUCAGAAAUGUCAACAAAAUAUAUAUGAACCCACCAAAAGAAGAGAAUUUACCAAAAGCUGUGCUGGGCAGCUGUGAUAAGACUCGAGAAAUGUACAAUGACUUCAUUUCUCAUAACUGGAAUGAAUGGAAAUCUAACAUGAGACCUGAACCUCUGACCCGAUCUAUGCAGUGUACUACUUACUGGCAGUAGACAGCAGUUCCCUGACAACUUUGAGAAGCAUAAUCACUGUCACAGUGUUCUGGGAUCAGAGGGAUUUACAUCAGGGAAGCACUA